AAACGAUGAAUUUAAACUUCACGCAUACGAUGCGAAGCAUAAACUACUGGUUCCCGUUGGCGAAAUGGUACAGACUUUGCUAAUCAGGGAAGCUGUUCACUCAAAUCCUCUUGAAGCUGCAAUGGACUCUACGAAGAAACAUUCUGCAAAAUGCUCAAACGAUGCUUUUCACAGAUGCUCUUCAAUUCUUUCUUUCAUUUCCAUUCUGUUGAUUGUUGCGCUGUUCUUUAGGAUGGAAACAAUAAACAGGAACACAAAGAGGAACGAACUUCGCAUUUCAGAUGUUGAAGGUCACCUUAAGGUCGCCGUUUUGAGGAAAAGAGCAGGUAACGAGGAGAAACUGUCAAAGGAUUUUGAAAGCGGAAUGGAAACACAUAAUGUGGAUUAUCGCCAAAGACAUAAAAGAAAUGCUGCUUUGAGUCCAACGCCAGCAACUAUAACUUUACAACAAAUCCGCCAAGAAAUAAAUAACAAGUUCAAUGAAGUUUGUAACUCCUCAGACAGAAUAUGCCAGGCAGGACCUCCGGGACCGCCAGGAGCCCUUGGGUAUCCCGGAUAUAAGGGAGAAAAAGGGGCCCCUGGAAGUAAAGGACCACCAGGUCCAUGGGGGCCCACUGGGGUUCCAGGGGAAAGUGGUGUUAGAGGACCUGUGGGACCUCAAGGAGAAAAGGGUGAAAAAGGUGACAAAGGGCCCGUUGGAGCUCGUGGUAUUAGAGGAGAGACUGGAGAGAAGGGUCGUCAAGGACAAAAAGGAUCUAUUGGCUUAAAAGGGAACACUGGGGACAGAGGAUUGGUUAGUAUUCAGGGACCAACCAGAGAAUGUGUCGUUCCACCGAAGAUCAGUGUGUAUCCAGCAUCUCAGGAAGUCUUUAUCAAUGAGACAGCAAUAUUUUUCUGUUGGGUUCAAGGCCAGACGUCGUCCAAAAUAACAUGGCGUAGACUUGGAGGUACUCUAUCUGAUGCUACCGUAGAAGAUGGUGCGCUUCGAAUCAACAGCGUACAAAGGUCACAUGUGGGGUCGUAUAUGUGUUCAGCUAACACUGGUCUCAGAAAUCUAACGGGUUUCAGCACUUUACAAGUAAAAGAGCCACCAACAUUUGUCAAGAAACUACCAUCUUUGGUCAUUGUAGAUGAAGGCUCCGUUUUAAGUCUCUGUUGUGAGGCUGUGGGCUCUCCUCCUCUUAACGUGGAAUGGUCACGCGCUCGUCAGGCGCACUCCGCUGAUACAUCAUUGGCUUUCGAGGAACAAGGCUGCCUCGAAUACAACCCUGUUGGGUUCAACAGCAACGGGACAUAUGUCUGCCGCGCAAGAAACCGCUUCGGACUGGCAGAAACAACAACGUCAGUAGUCGUCAAGAGAAAAGUACAUUCUUGUGAAGAAGUUUCAAAGAAAAAAAUGGAGAGACGUCCCGGAAGCUUCGAGCUUUUCGCGGUCAAUUUUCGAUAUAAAGUCUAUUGUGAUAUCACAGCAAGUCUUGAAGGAUGGACCCUUAUCGCUCGAUUCUCAAACAGCGAUGGCAAGAAUUGGAUGCGUGACGAUGGUAGAUGGUGGUAUGACCAGCAAGCUGCCAAUGGAACAACAAAUGAUCCAUCAGUAAACGCUGAUAUGAUCUCACCAGCAUUUUGGUUGGUCAGAGGAAGCGAAUUUAAGAUCACGCGCAGUGACGACCCCAGCCACACCCCUCUGUUACAGACCACAGGUAACUGUUUGGGUGGACAAACAUUCCGAUCUAAAAUCACAAGUUAUGGCGACUUUAGAAAUGGCAAGGUCUGGGCCAGUGAUCAGUGUCUGGGAAGUUGUACGGUUCAAUAUGGCGGACAGUACAAGUCAACAGACGGGUUUCAACAGGCUGAUUGCAGUGGAAGCAUCCAAAGUGCUGACAAGAUCGGCUUCUGGUGUGACUGGGAUACUGGGGAUGGAGCAGUCAUGAUGAUUGGUGGAGGAGGAAGUAAAUGUGCACGUGCAGAUCACGGCAUUGGAAUCUCAGAAACUAACGCUGCUUCUUUCGUUGAAGAGGAUAGCACACAAACUGAAUACGACUUUGGUUAUGAUGCUCAAACGAAAAGCGCUCCAUCCCUGUCCUACUCGUUGAACUUAUGGAUCCGUUAAAAAUUAUAAGAAUUAUACGUUAAAAAUUAUAACGUAAUACUUGUGUGAUUAGUAAUGAAGUUAACAAUCCAUAAACCAAAUUACAAACUCUGAUCCUCUGACUGGUAGGUCGGAGAGUAUGAAGGCUCGGAUAUACAUUUUUUGAAACUAAGAUAUUGCAUUUCUUGCCCUCUAUGGCUUCACUCCACCAAUUAGAAUCUCCUUAAUGAAGUGAGGUUCAGACAUGUUUAACGAGAAAGAGCGGGUGAAGUCAGAAGAGGCGUGCUUUCGAUUCGAUUUUUGUUUCAGAGACGAGUACAUUUAAAUGUCAUUUUGCUGACUAACAACUUUUACAUUUAGUUUCGACAACUGCCUGCAACAUAUCUCAGUUAUGCGUUUUAAAUAAUGGCUACCUAGUAGUUUAGAUGGUGCCUCUUUGAUUCGUUUUUUAAAAAAAAUCAAUUUAGAAUUCUGCAUCCUGUUUUGAACUUUUUGUAGGCCUCUGUAUUGUUCUUACUUGUUUGUAGCGUGUUGCGGAAAGAGUACAACAUUUGUGUUAUCUACUUUUUUCAAAAAUUAGCUGAGAACUAUAUUGUAGUAUUUAGUAUUGGAGCAAACUAAUUACGAU